AUGACCACCCGAUCGCCGCCUCUUGUCGUCUACCGUGGCUUUAUAGACAAAGGCAAAUACACUUGGUCGCCGUACGUGACCAAGCUCGAAUUCCGCUUCCGCCACGCUGGGUUGCGAUACGUGACUGAACCCGGCAGUCCAAGAAGUGCACCCAAGGGAAAGAUACCUUACAUCGACCUCGCUCCUCUUCUUCAACAGCAGGAUGCUGCUGCUAACCCGACACCCCAACUGCUGGGUGACUCUAGCUUGAUCUUCGAUCGACUAGAGAGCAUGGACUGUAUUCCCAACCUCAACGAGAAUUUGACAGACGAGCAGAAGCUCAAUGACUCUGCGAUCAGAGCACUUUGCGAGGACAAGCUGUACUUCUACAAUAUGCGAGAAAAGUGGCUAGAUGGCAAAAACUUCUACGUGCAGCGCGACAAGGCAUUAUGGGCACUCCCGUACCCCAUGCGUGUCGUCAUCGGGUACAUGAUACACCGAGGGAUAACGCAGACCUUGCACGGACAAGGAACUGGCCGCUUCAGCGACGAAGAGGUCAAAAAGUUCCGGGCAGACGUGUGGCAAUCAAUCGACAAUGUACUGAAGCAAAGGCUGAAGCCCUCGUCGUCGAGGUCGACGAAGACCGAGCCAGCGUGGGUACUGGGGGGCGAGCAACCUACCGAAGCAGAUGCGACACUGUUUGGGUUUAUCGUCUCGGCUCUUCUUAGUGAGAGUAACCCCGAAACUCGAUCUCUUGUCAAGUCAUUAUCCGGCGUCAUGGAUUAUGCGGGGCGGAUUCACCGUCGCUUCUUCCCUGAUUACGAGGUCUGGGAGUGAAAAGCCAGACAGAAUUGAGAUCGAUUUCCUUUUCUCGCCCCGAGCCUUGAUGUAUCGGUAAGGAAGGGAGGGAUAGUAAGAUUAGCACCUUGUUUCAGCAGAGGUGGCCUCGCGUGGUAUAGCCUCUCUCCGGGUUUUCACGCCGUUUCCAGAACUCUUGAUGCUGCCCUUUAUUAGCAAGUUCCUCAAUCAUGGCGGACUUUACAAGCCCG